AUGUACCAAAUUAGGUUGUGUUCCACAGAUCCAGCUUCAAAUCUGGAUCCGUGUACUGAUGUGAAAUUGGUUGAGAAAGUGGACACUGCUACCUGAUCUGGCUCAACUACAUCAACAUUAUCACCCACAGGACACAGACGUACCGAAGAAGGCCCGGAGCCCACGCUACUAGAACGGAUGAUAAUGCUCACAGCUUAUCGUAAAGAUAAGCCGGACGAUGUUGUACCUAAUCAAUUGGAGACUGGUAAGGGAUUGUGGGUUAAGGUGGCUCGAAGGGCCAGUGUUGACGCCAUUUCCUCUGCGGUGCCCCAGCGACUGAGGGCCAUGAGUAUGAUGGCGACAAAAAACGAAGAGGGCACUCGGGCGGUUCGCCUAAGAGUGCACUAG